UUUUAUUUAUAACCUUAAUACCGGAACUCUUCCUCACGGAACGUUUUAAUCCUCGUUUGUUUUUCCGGGGAGCGUGCGUCAGUCGAAACGGCCCCUUGUUUGAUUGUGUACAGUGUGCUGUGGGGAAAUGGAAGCAGACCCGUGGGUGCCGGUGAAUAUUGGUGGUUCUGAUCUACUGGCCAAAGCCUGGUUCGGUGACACACAGUACAGGCUUCUGCUGAGUGACCUGAACACUGUGUGGGAAGAGGACAUGACCGCUGAGGACAUCCAGAGUCGAGCACAGGAUCUGAAUAAGCGUCUGAGGGCUCCUACACAGGCUUUUUUCUCUCAUCUGUGUUCUGUGGCACAGCCUUGUUUCUCCAGUCAAAAUGAUGGUCAGAUCUCUGCUGCGCACAUGAUUCUUGAACAGCAUGGUGACAAUCUAACGGUCAAACUCAAAAGUGAGCUGGCUGGGUUGCCGUUCUGCUGGGAGUUUCGCUGCACUGCAGCACCCGUUGGCGUGGUUUGCAGGCAGCUGGUGCGCCCCCUGCUGGCAGUGACUAGAGUCCUGCAGCGGCAAGUGGAGGAUCUAGCAGCUCUUUUGGCUCGGAAGGAUGUGGAGAUACAGGACUAUCAGGAGAACGGAGCUGUCCUAAGUAGAGCCAGACUACAGACGGAGCCGUUUGAGGUGCACAAGUACAGGGAGAACUUCUUCACAAAGAUUGUUCCACAGAUGGGUGUGACGCUGGACAGUUUGGGUUUUGACUCAGAGUUGCAGGCACUGUACAUGGCCGUGAGCUCGGGGGAAACGGGUCCGAAACGUAAACGCUCUCCUGACAGCAGCCCUGCGGCAGAAGACAACCACAUCUCUGAACAUCACAAACAUGUCACUGAUGUCCCAACAGAUGUGGGUUCUUCACUGGCUUCUCAAGAACAGAAUGAUGUCAAAGGAUCAUCAGGAAGACCUCAGGAGGCAGACAGCAAACAGACUGUCCUGUUGCCAUCAGCUGCUGCUGCUGGUUCUAAGGAGCGUUCCACCUCACGGCCAAAGAAGAAGAAAGUAGUGGGGCUUUUUCGGACACUGACUGCUACAACUAGAAGGCAAGACAAGAAGGUCACUGAUUUUGACAAAGUUUGUAAGCCGCCGGGUGUGGUACAGGGGGAGAGCGGCAGGUCUGAUAAAGCGCGUCUGCCCGGAGGGGUGGAGAGGAGGGCAGAGACAGACAGAGGGCAGGACUGGCAGGGUGCGGCUGCUUCAGUAGCAUCUGAGCUCGGGUCACUUCCAUUUCCAUCUCAACUGAGAGCCGCGCGCCACAGCGCAGUAGUCAAACAGCCGAGCCGGGAGCCAGAAACCGCUGCGGGGACGCGCACUCUGACCGCGGCUCUGCGCAACCAGGACCCGCCUGCAGGCGACUCUAAACGCGCGUGCCAAGAUAAACGGAACUUCUCUAUUUAUUCCCCCUGUCUCCGCUUGGACUGAGAGAA